GAUAUUUCAGCUAGUUCGACGUCGAAAGCGAACUCCCGAUUCUAGUUCCGAACGGGCCGGCUGAGCAUACGCAUCUCCUCGGACGUGGAUCGGGACAGGUCCGUAACAGAUCGUCGAAAGUUGACAGAAAAUAAGCGAAAGAAAUCGAAAACGUUCAUGUAGAUCGGGGGUAGUCAUCGAUGAUCGCAACGCGGAACCGUCAGGAUCGAGAGGACAUACGUUAACUCUUGAUCGCUGAAUUUAUAUAUCAAAGUGUGUCAUCCUUCGAUCUUCAACGAUUCAUGGAAAUGUCGAUUCGAGCCGCUGCGUGAAGGAUCAAGGGUGUGCAGUGCAGUGCAUACUUGAUUUUUGAUAAAAAAAUAGUUUGGAGGUCAGCUUAUUUCCCGCGCGACCCUGAGGAGGAACCAUCGUGGUCAGAAGCUAGGAUAGUGUCCUGGGAUUGGUAGUAGGUUACAGUUAGAAACACUGUUAUGUCUUCGCGGUAGUUCCGCGAUAAGUGGAGGAACAGCUGAGAGAGAAGAAACUUUUACACGGCAAACGAGAGGAAUUCAAAAUGACAGUGGCAUCGAGAGACCCUGAACUAGCGGAUCCUGAAAAUUCGGACAAAACCGCUUUGAAUCUGACACCUUCGUCGAACAAAAAGCCACUACCGGAACGUGGUACAUGGAGCACCAAGCUAGACUUCAUUCUAAGCGUGGUUGGUCUGGCGAUCGGCUUGGGAAACGUCUGGAGAUUUCCCUACCUGUGUUACAAGAAUGGCGGUGGUGCUUUUUUAAUCCCCUACUUCUUGACCCUGGUACUAGCUGGAAUUCCAAUGUUUUUUAUGGAGCUUGCCCUUGGACAGAUGCUCACUGUUGGCGGCCUUGGGGUUUUCAAAAUUGCACCCCUUUUUAAGGGUAUCGGAUAUGCAGCUGCAGUUAUGUCCUGUUGGAUGAACGUUUAUUAUAUUGUUAUUCUUGCUUGGGCUAUCUUCUACUUCUUCAUGUCCAUGCGUAGUGAACUGCCUUGGGGUAGCUGCAACAAUUACUGGAAUACGAAAAACUGCGUGAAUCCUUACGACAGAGACUCAUUGUUAUGCUGGACCGAGGUUACCAGGCGUCACAACGUGGUUAAAAUGUGUUCCGUCAACGACGUCAACAUGACCAUCACGGAGCUCACCGAUCCUGUGAAAGAAUUUUGGGAGCGUCGAGCACUUCAGAUCAGCGAUGGUGUUGAACACAUGGGAAGCAUCCGUUGGGAAUUGGCUGGUACUCUUCUUUUAGUAUGGAUCCUCUGUUAUUUUUGCAUUUGGAAAGGUGUUAAGUGGACUGGAAAAGUAGUCUACUUCACCUCUCUGUUUCCUUACGUGUUACUGACCAUCCUUUUGAUUCGUGGCAUCACUUUGCCCGGAGCCAUCGAGGGCAUCAGAUUCUACAUCAGUCCGAAUCUUUCAAAAUUAAAAGAAUCAGAGGUAUGGAUAGAUGCAGUCACUCAAAUUUUCUUCUCCUACGGAUUGGGAUUGGGCACUUUGGUAGCUCUCGGUAGUUACAAUAAAUUUACCAACAACGUUUACAAGGAUGCUUUAAUCGUAUGCUCGGUGAACUCAUCGACGAGUAUGUUCGCCGGAUUUGUCAUAUUUUCCGUGGUGGGUUUCAUGGCCCACGAGCAACAGAAGCCUGUCGCGGAAGUGGCCGCUUCCGGUCCAGGGUUAGCUUUCUUAGCUUAUCCAUCAGCAGUUCUUCAACUUCCUGGAGCACCCCUUUGGUCUUGCCUCUUCUUCUUCAUGCUUCUUCUUAUCGGAUUGGAUUCACAGUUUUGUACCAUGGAAGGGUUUAUCACUGCCAUGGUGGACGAAUGGCCACAACUGCUUCGCCGACGUAAAGAACUCUUCAUCGCGAUCGUGUGCGUGCUUUCUUAUAUCAUUGGGUUAUCCUGUAUCUCCCAGGGUGGCAUGUACGUCUUCCAAAUCCUCGAUUCGUAUGCUGUUUCCGGUUUCUGUCUUCUGUUUCUAAUUUUCUUCGAGUGCAUCUCCAUAAGCUGGGCAUUCGGUGUUAAUCGAUUCUAUGAUGCUAUCAGAGAUAUGAUAGGAUAUUAUCCUCUUAUGUGGUGGAAACUUUGUUGGACUGUUACUACUCCAAUGAUUUGUGUGGGUGUCUUCAUUUUCAACCUGGUGCAAUGGACACCAGUGAAAUAUCUAGAUUAUGAGUAUCCAUGGUGGUCGCACGUGCUGGGUUGGAUGACAGCCUUAUCUUCUAUGCUCUGUAUACCAGGUUACAUGCUUUAUGCUUGGAUGACAACUCCAGGAGAUAGGUCUACGAAAUUCAAACUGUUAGUACGAAUAGAAGACGACGUAACAAGUCUACGAAUGAAAAUGGGACAGCCAUCGGUCGAACUGACACCACUUUAA